CAUACGGCAACGCUGCUACUUUAUUUACUUGCGCGACGUAAACAAUCCAAAGUGUCUAUUGCCCAGCUGGAAAUGUUGGAGUUUCUGAAACACCUCUUUAGGCUACAAUUUUUGCUUAUUGUAGCCGCCGUGCUUACUGGUGUUUAUUACAAUCAACUUAUAAACUGGAUCACGAAUAAAACUGGGGAUCCAGCCAGUGAAAGCUUGGCAGUUUCUUACGAAAAUUCUCAAGAACUAUCUUCCGGUGAGCAACUCUUCACACGUGAUGAAUUGGCAAAAUUUAAUGGCGAAAAUGGCACACCAAUAUACCUGGCCAUAAUUGGCACUGUUUUCGACGUGUCUAAAGGUAUUAAGCAUUACGGACCAGGCUGUUCGUAUAACUUUUUUGCCGGACGGGACGCUUCGGUGUCAUUCAUAAAUGGCGAAUUCGAAAGCUAUGACGUGGGGAAAGCCGAUGACGUGAUCUCAUUAAAGUCCAACGAUUUACUCAGCUUGGAAAAUUGGCAACAAUUUUAUAGAAAAGAAUACAAAUACAAAGGUAAACUCAUAGGACGAUUCUAUGAUGAAAAAGGCGAACCGACCCAUUACCACUGGAAAUACUUGGCACUUUUGGAGCAAGCGAAAACAGCCAAAGCACAAGCAGAACAAUUACGUGAAGUAUAUCCAGAUUGCAACAUUGAAUGGUCAGAGGAGCGAGGCACGCGAGUGUGGUGUACAAAGUCGAGUGGCGGUAAGCAACGUGAAUGGGUGGGAUACCCACGUAAACUUUUUGAAGUCGGUGCUAACAACUUCCGUUGUGCUUGCAUACAAGAAAAGGACUUGGACACGACUGACGUUAUGUUAAAGCAGUAUGAUGAUUGUGGACUGCGUGCCUACGAGUGUUACUACAAAGUAGAUUAAUUAAAUAACUGUAUUAUUUUACAUGGCAUAGGAACAAAAAGGAUUAAUGGUAAAAAGUAUUUAUGCAAACUUUUUAAAAACCAGACUCGUAUUAUGGAGUGUUCUUAAAUUAGAUUUACACGAUUUAAAGUAUUUAUAUUAACAUAUCCAAGAAUAUAGAGGCCUUAGUAUUCAAGUUUUGUACGAAUAAAAAUCCUUUAUAACAAAAAUUUUAACAUUUUAGCAUAGUAACUAAUAUUUAUAAAAAAAUCGAUGACCGCAUAUAGUGUGAACUUUGGUGUACAACUAAGUUUUAUUUGCUUGGUCAAGUUGGUCAGCUAGUCAAGAUAAGAAGACAACAACAACAACAGUUUUAAUAUGUAUGGAUAUUAUAAAAUUUAACUGCAUUCAUGAUUUGGAAUAAUUUAUUUCAAAUGUAAUGAUAUGUUAAGUAUUGAGCCUAAUUCAAUAACAAAUACGUAAACUAAAAUUGGAUUUACAAGUGAUUCACUUGGUAAAACUU